AUGUCUGCUCCUGCUCCAGCCAAUCGGAGGUCUACGUCGGGUUCUCGCCGAUUCAACCCCCUGAAGGCGCUGCAGCCCAAACGCCGCUUGCAGCAAAUUCUGGCGUCCUCGCCCGUGCCGGUGCCCAAGCCGGCGUCGGGGUCGGGGACGGCGGCGGCGGCGGCGGCGCCAGCGGCCUCGGCGCCGGUGGCCAUUCCUGUGCCGGCGCCGCCUGCGUUUGACUACUGCAGGUUCAUUGAGCUAGACUACGUUCCCAUGGAGACAGGCUAUAUGGUCUCAAUGCGCCCGACUAAAGGUUAUGCAUCAACCAAGUCGCCGACUAAAGGAUACACUUCCACCAAGUCUCCGGACCGCCACAGCCGCUCAACAAACUCUCCCUCCACCCCUCGUUCCCGGCGGACUCCGGCCACGCCCAGCAAUAGAGAUCCCUAUGGCAACGCCUCCCUCAGCAGCAGCAGCAACUCAGGCUCUUGUAAAGGCAGCGACUGCAGCCCCACCAAAGGACGUCACCAGAAGUACACGUCAUGUACAGACAACCAUGGGAUUCGCCCGCCUCCCCCAGAGCAGUACCUCACACCCCUGCAGCAGAAGGAGGUUUGUAUUCGACACCUGCGGGCCAGGCUAAAAGAAACCAUCACCACACUGCAAGACAGGGACACAGAGAUAGAUGAGCUGAGAGGUCGACUUUACCGGAUGCAGGAGGACUGGGUUGAGGAGGAGUGUCAUCGUGUGGAGGCUCAGCUGGCCCUGAAGGAGGCGCGUCAGGAAAUCCAGCAGCUCAAACAGGCUGUGGACACUGUUCGUGCCAGGCUCAGUGAUGCCGGCGGACUCAGUGGGGACCCAGGGGUCCAGAAGUACUUCCAGGACAUCAACACCCAGAACCACAAGCUCGAAAACCUUUUGCUGAGCAUGGAGUUGGCCCAGGCCGGUUUAGCCAAGGAAGGGGAAGCCAUACCAGGCUGUCGGACCCGUGUUGGGGGUUCAGCACCAGCAUCUGUUUCGGGGGAAAGUCCUGGGGGAGUACCCAAACUGACAGUAGGAGGUAGGGGGUCUUGCUCUUGCGAUGGUUCUCCAGCACGUUCUCUGACUCGAAGCUCCACCUACACCAAGCUGAGCGAUCAAGCGCUGGCGGACAGGAAUGGCAACGGUUCGGAUUUUCCUUGUCUUUCAGGUGAUGGCACCCAAGACAGCGGCUUUGUGUGCUGUGGGGAGAGCAGCGUUCCCAGCCGGGCCGACCUGCUGCUGGAAGCCGCCUUUCUAUCAGAGGAAACGGCAUCUUUACUUAACUCCUACUCUCAGACCUUCUCCCACUCUUUGCCUCACUCUCUACCCAACUCUCUGCCUCACUCUCUACCCAACUCUCUGCCUCACUCUCUACCCAACUCUCUGCCCCACUCUUUGCCCAAUUCCCUGCCUCACACCUACUCCCACACCUUACCUCAUUCCUUCCCUCACAAUCUGUCCCACUCAGUGCCACAUACUAUGCCGCACUCCUCCACCUAUGAGAAGCUGUGCACAGGUGAGCGACUGGCACCUUUUCGUUGUGGUCUGGGAGGAGUGAGCUGCAUGAGCCACCCUUGCCUGUCUCACCACCACCUGUACCUGCAUCCCUUGAGGGAGAUGGGCAUUCAGACGGAAAGCUGCCCCAUCCCCGCCACAGCAGGGUACCCCUCUGAUCUUGACACCAUUGCAGAGCAGCGCACUUUCCGGUCCCAGGCCUGCAGCCCCACCUCCACCUGGAUGUCUGACGAGGGGGAUGAGGAGCUGGACUCCAUUACCACGACGACUUCGGUUACCACAGCGACUGUCAUGAGUACAGCCACGGAGCCAAUCCCGGUUUCCACAACACCACUGGUCCCUCCUUUGCCACGAUCUGCCACUGUGGCCGGCUCCAUGGAGAGUCCUUUGUGUGGUGGGAAGGAGGUGGAGGAGGAAGAGGAAAAACAGGAAAAGGAGACGCGAGAAAAGGAAGCUUCUCCAACGGAAGAGAAGGUGGAAACCCCUGUGGUCAGACUGGUAGAAGAAGUGCAGCAGACGCAGUUGGACCCAGUGGAAGGGAAGGAGGUGGAAGUUCAGGGUGCUGGGGAGGUAGCACAAGGAAAACUGUGCGAUUCAGCAGAGAUACCAACAGGGACACAGGGUGAACUUAGGUUCGUAGGGUGCUGUGGAGAGGGCAUGCAGGGUGAAACAACACCUGGAAACCCUAAAGUUGAGGACAGACAGCAAGAAGUUUCUUUAUCAGCAGGCUCAACCCAAACAGAGACAGUUGAGCCAAGUCCAAGUAGCCCGGGAUUAUCUCCAAGCAUAGAACAACCUCAUACUUCCCAACCAAGGAGAUCUAAUUCCCAUGAGGAGAUAGCUGGCGUCACAGUGGUGGAGGUGCACGACGAGGACGAUGAAGAGGAUGAAACUAAAGAGCAAGGUGCGGCAGGCGGCGCUGCAGCAGAGGAUGAAGAUUCUGGGACAAUUCAAAAAAGCUACUGGAGUCGUCACUUUCUAGUGGAUCUGCUAGCGGUGGCCAUCCCGGUGGUGCCAACGGUCGCUUGGCUUUGUCGCGGUCCUGUCCGCGACGGUCAACCCAUGUAUCAUAUAGGGUCACUGCUGAGAGGCUGUUGCACUGUGGCGCUGCACUCACUUCGCAGGGGAGGUGGGUUGAGGCAUUACCCCGCAGGCGGGGGAGACUUGGGGGGAACACAGAUGUAA